CAUUCUUAUGGAUUUGUUGUUUGUAAUAUUUGAUAAUUAAAUAUCAAUUUAAAAGUACAACUUAUUUUCUAGAAAAAUGAGAACACCCUUGAAUUGGGACAUUUAAAAUAAGGAAUUGAAAAUGAAAACCUUAAAGGGAAAGAUAAAGAGAUAAUCCCAAGGGAGACUAUCCUUCAAUAAUUAAAUAGAUUUGCGUUGCCGGCAACCCAAUUAUUAUACAUAGCUUGGAAUGCUUGAACGCCACACGUCACCUUCAUAUAAAUACGACAUCUCGGACACGGCUCAGUCGACCACUCAUAAAUAGAUUUCAUUUCAUCCAUUUAUUCAUUCCUCUUUUCUCUUCCCCCUAUAUCUUAGCAUCGCCGCCUUCCCCUUUGCAUAUUGACCGAUUUACCCUCACUGCUAAUCCAGCAAAAGGAAAAUAUAUAAACACAAAAAAACAGAAUUUGCUUCCGGGAUGAUGGAAACUUCUGGAUCGAAGCGGAAGAAGCACGGGCAACACGAGAAGAAGCUGUACAGAGGAAUUCGCAUGAGGAAGUGGGGGAAGUGGGUGGCCGAGAUUCGGGAGCCGAACAAGCGCUCCCGGAUUUGGCUCGGCUCCUAUUCCUCUCCCGUCGCGGCCGCGCGAGCCUACGACACUGCUGUGUUCCACUUGCGCGGCCCGUCGGCUCGGCUAAACUUCCCGGAGUGCGUAGCCGGCGGAGACGGCCAGCUGAUGCUUUCAGCGGCUGAUAUUCGGCAGAAAGCCACCGAGGUCGGCGCGCGCGUCGAUGCCGCCAUGCGGACGUCAUCCCCCGCCGAUCACGGCCCGAAUUUGAAUUCGAAUCAGAAACGGGUCGUUCUGUUCAGGCCCGAUUUGAAUGAGUACCCGAGCCCCGAGAGUUCCGAGGAAGACAACUAAAUCCGACUUGAAUGGAAGUUAUGGAACGCUAUAGCUUUUACUCCGUACAUAAACUUUGUUUUCUGUAAUCUUUCAUUAGAUCAUGAUUGAUGGAUGCUUUUCGAUCAAGUAAUACAUGGAAGACGUUUUUCCAUAAAUAGUUUUGGAAGACGUUUUUUCCAUAAAUAUUGCUGAAAAUUGAAAUAUUAUGUAGAGUUUAUAGAAAAAAAAUGUGAUUAAAGUUUAAGAUAUUGUCCCUUUCAAAAAAAGGUGAAGGGGUUAAAAUGGAAAAGUUAAAGAAAAUGUUCAAAAUAGAAGCACG